CAGCUCCUGGGUGCUCCUGCAUCGAGGGCAGCACCUUAGAGCGGUGCGGUGAGGACAAUGACCAGGCUAACCCGGGUCAAUGCUGUUUCACUGAGACACUCGCCCUGGUCAGUCAAUAUCAUCCUCUCAGAGCCCGCCUGCUCAUUCCCCCUUCAUUUCAUGUCUCCCGUUGUCAUGGUGAGCGAUCUGCUUUCAUCACCGAGAGGAUGCACUAUUUUAGAGUGAAAAAUGACGAGAUUUUUUUAAUGCCCCUGUUGAAAUGGUCUUUCCCACAUUUUUUCCUCUAAUGUCUGGGCUAUUUUUAUCAUUCUCCUGUAAUGUGCCUGGAUUAAAAGGCAGUACACCAGGGACUGCUACAACCCAGCCUGACCCAGGGAGCAGGAAAGCGGGCUGAGCGACAGGACAGCAGCCACCCUCCGCUGGGGGGGGCAGAAUGGCCUCGGAGGCGCAGCUCUUCAGCACUUGCUCCGGAUGGGGCCAGCCCUUAAGAAGUCUGUGAGCCAGCCCCUGGCAGACCCUCGGCUCGGGCCCCAGCGGAUCGCACUGGAAGCGGGAAGAAGUCACAUGGAGCUGGCCAGGUCUGCGCUGCGACUGUUUCUGAUCGCCCAGGUCGGGGUCUGUGCUGGCCUGGGCCCGGGGAUCGGGGCCAAUGCGAGCCGCCUCUCCAGGCUGCUCAGCAGCCCACCAGCAGAACUGGCCAAUUCGGAGCCAGAGACAGCAGAAGCCGCCAGCUCCUUCCUGUUCUCCCGGGACCCCGCCACCCUGCUGCGGGCGAACUGCACAAAGCGGCUGGAGAUCAGAGCUGGCAGCACCGGGCACCCCAGUGCCAGGGUCCAGUCUCUGGUCAGGGGGGCCGUUGACGCUUUGGUCCACGCCACCAACUUCCUCAACCUGGUCUUCCAGACCAAUGACCUUCGGGAAACCAGUGUGAAGGAUGAGAUCGAGUGGUACCAUGCCCUGGUGAGGAGCAUCGUGGAGGCAGAUGCCAACAUUGACAGGGCAGUGCUCAUUCUGGACGUGCCCACCAUCCCCUCCAAGUCCCAACUGGUUCUCCAGGCAGCCAAGCGCCAGAAUGCGAUCUACCUGCGGGAACUGUCCUCGAUCCCAGGAGAUCUGGAGAACCAGACUGUGGACAACGACUGGUUCAAUGCGAUGAAACACGAAAAGACACCUGAUCUGAACAAGUGGAUCUUAACUAAUGACCUGAGAACACUGGACAGCCCCAAGUGGGGGCUCGGGCACAGCUACAUGACUGACAAAAAGCACGUUCAGUGGUCUAGCCCGUUCUUAGAUUGUGAAGAUUUUAAAUUUAUCCCCAAAUGGAUGAUGAGCUUGUCUUCUUCAUUCUAUGGACUGAAGCCCGAUCUCAGUCCCGAGUUUAAAGGAGUGAUCCGAAUGGAUGUUAACCUGCAGAGUAUGGAUAUUGACCAGUGCUCAACCGAAGAUACUUGGUUUGCAGAUUCCCAUCAGUGUGAUGUAAACAGCACAGAGUGUAUCCCACUCAAAGGACAAGGGUUUCAACUGGGAGCCUAUCAGUGUGUCUGUAAAGAAGGCUAUUACAACCCAAACCUUAUCUCAACGAACAGCUUCAGCAGGCAAAAUGAUAAACACAUGUCCUACUUCAGUGGCUAUGGUGCUGGGGAGCUCCGGAGUCUGUUUCAGUGUCUGCCAUGCAAGGAAGGUUGUGGCUCAUGUGUUAGUGAUGCUCCAUGUCUCACCCAGGUGGAUGGUCAUUUAAGACUCGCUGUCUUUAUUUUCCAAGCUUUCUGCAUGCUACUGGUGUUCAUUAGUAUGGUCAUAGUCUAUCGCUUCAGAAAAAACAAGCAAAUCAGAGCAUCAGGAUUGCUCCUGUUGGAGACUAUUCUUGGAGGAUCCAUCCUGCUGUAUUUUCCAGUGUUUAUCUUAUGCUUUCAACCCAGUGUUUUCCGAUGCGUUCUCCUGCGAUGGGUGCGAACACUGGGAUUCGCCAUCAUCUAUGGAACAGUAACAUUGAAGAUUUACAGAGUGUUGAAGGUGUUCCUAUCCCGAACUGCCCAGCGGGUACCCUACAUGACAUGCUGCAGGGUACUGAAGAUGUUGGGUGUCAUUGUGCUAACAGUCUGUUGGUUUCUCAUUGCCUGGACACUGGCUGCCUGGGAGAACAUGGACAGGAAAAUCCCACUAGUCAUUCAGUCACAAACUCCAGAUGGACAGCUAUUUAACAUGUGCCAGCUCGAUCGAUGGGACUACAUGAUGGCCAUUGCUGAGCUCCUCUUGCUAUGCUGGGGAAGUUAUCUCUGCUACGCUGUGCGAACAGUACCAUCCACCUAUCAUGAGCCACGUUUCAUGGGCCUUGCCAUCCACAAUGAAAUCCUCAUGUCUGCUGCCUUCUAUGGUGUCAGGUUCACUAUGGCAACGACUCUUCACCCUGAUUGGAUGUUACUGCUCUUCUUUGUUCACUCCCACCUUACAGUCACAAUGACUCUAAUUCUGCUUUUCAUCCCCAAGUUUCUCCAUGUGGGAGCCCCCCUGAGAGAGGACAUAGUGGCCGAGGUAUAUGAGGACGAGCUGGACUUGCGUUUCUCUGGUUCCUAUCUCAACAGCAGUUUUACGUCUGCCUGGAGUGAUCACAGCCUGGAGCCAGACGAUAUCAGAGACGAACUGAAGAAGCUUUACGCCCAACUGGAAGUGCAUAAGACAAAGAAGAUGACAGCCAAUAACCCACACCUGCAGAAAAAGAGGAGUUCGCGAAGAGCCCUAGGUCGGUCCAUCAUUAAGCGGAUAACAGAAAUUCCAGAGUCAAUGAGUAGGCAGUGCAGCCGUGAUGGAUCUAUAGCAGGCAGCAGUUACGCGGGCUCCUACAGGAAGAAGCUUCACGAUUCUGCCAGCUCCAGCUUGAAAGUGAAAGAGGAUUCCAUAAAACACCGUGUUUUCUCAAUUAGGAAAUCUCACAGUACCUACGACCAUGUCAGGGAGCAACGGGAAGGCCACAUCAGUAGGGCUGAUUCCUCCAGAGAUCCAUCCCUGUUGGAUUCACUGAUGAGGAAGAAGCUGGCGAAGAAAGUCUCUGAGGCAUCAGACACCGACUCAUUAGAUGAUGCUCCUUUGGUCUGCAAGUCUGCCAGCGCGCACAACCUCACCGUGGAUAUGAAUCCAUUAAAUCCCGCCAAGGGAGGAACACUGCACAAAUCUCUUAGUGUUGUCAGCUGUGCAAGAGGAAAGUCGCUGAUGCUCCCAAGGAAGAAAGAAGAGAACUCAAAACAGUUGGGAGAGAGAGUUCAAAGGAAGCCAUCAACGAGACAGACACCAACUAUGUUGCAGCCUCCCGCAGCUCCAGCACAGUCAGGGGAGACAAAUAAAAUAUCCGACUCAGCCAUGCAACAAGGAUCCAGUGAAAUCCUUCAAAGGACAGCAAAGAUGCUGUUACAAGAUGGUCACAAUAAGCCUCUGGUUUGUCCCUGGGACUUUCAGAACCUGCACCCUCAGCCUUCUGAGACCAAGGUCAACAAACAAAUUACCUACUCACCAAACAAGAGGAAUAGUGUUGACAGCUCACUGGGAAAGCUGCAGGCAAACAGAAAAAUAUUCACAGAUUUGGUGAGGAAGCACCGAAGUUUGCAUCAAGAUAGUAUCGGCUACAACGUGAAGGAGAAAUCAAUCACCCAAUCUCAAACCACAGACAUGCAGCCUGGUGCCAAUACAUCGCCGAGAGCUGGGAAAACAGGCGAGUAUUUGAGAAAAGACAGCAUUAAUCCAGCUGCCCCUGCUGUGUCACCCAAGGCUGACAAAACGCAAUCACCUUCGGAAAAGAUUGAUCAGGUGAAAACAGAUGCUCCUGUUGGUGAGAGCAAGCGGGAAAAGUACAUGACCCUCAUGAAACAAGCGUCAAGCAAUAGCUCAAUUGUUUGUCCCUGGGACAACAUGGCAGAUGACACAUCAUCAGUGGAUUCUUGUGUGGAUCACAAAAAGGGACGGUCUUUGUCAGUCUGUGUUGGUUCUCCAGAACAGCUUAUGCAUGCCUCCCUCAAAGUAAAAGAUGCAAAUGAGCCACUGAAGCAACCUAAAGGGUUCGGACAUUCAUUGAAACUCCUGAUGGCACCAGAGAAAAUGAAGGGUAGCAAGAAAGAGAAGUCAAGGAAAGUAAGCGAGAAACUCAAGGGUGGUACAGACAAAGAAAAGAAGAAAACAGGAUCAGCAACUUCAUUGGAUAAAUCUACACCUGCAGCUGUUUGUCCCUGGGAAGCAGGAGAGACCAAGAACCAGGAAGUAAAAUCACAAUCGCUUGAGACAUCAUCAGCAGUAGAUGCCUCUCCCCUGCGCAAAGUGGAUACAGUGGACAAACGGGAAAAAUAUAUGACCCUCAUGAAACAAGCGUCAAGCAAUAGCUCAAUUGUUUGUCCCUGGGACAACAUGGCAGAUGAUGCAUCAUCAAUGGAUUCUUGUGUAGAUGAGAAAAAAGGAAGGUCUUUGUCAGUCUGUGUUGCUUCUCCAGAACAGCUUAUGCAUGGCUCCCUCAAAGUAAAGGAUGCAAAUGAGCCACUGAAGCAACCUAAAGGGUUUGGACAUUCAUUGAAACUCCUGAUGGCACCAGAGAAAAUGAAGGGUAGCAAGAAAGAGAAGUCAAGGAAAGUAAGCGAGAAACUCAAGGGUGGUACCGACAAAGAAAAGAAGAAAACAGGAUCAACAACUUCGUUGGAUAAAUCUACACCUGCAGCUGUUUGUCCCUGGGAAACAGGAGAGACCAAGAACCGAGAGGAAAAGUCACAGUCGGUGCUUAAAUCUGAAGUGGCAGAUGCCUCUCCCCUGCGCAAAAUGGAUACAGGAGAUAAGCGGCAAAAAUAUAUGUCACUCUUAAAACAGGCAUCUGCAAGUACUGCAAUUGUCUGUCCAUGGGAUGUUAUUUUAGAAGAGGCAUCAGGCAAUAGGACAGAUCAGAAGAAAGGAAGAUCUUUAUCUCUUAGUGCUGGUGUUCCGGGAUCAAUUGUGCAUGGCACCUUAAAAGCUAAUGAUGCAAAUUACUCAUUGCAGCAAUCUAAACAAUUAGCAUUGUCUUUUAAACUUAUGAUGGCACCAGGAAAGACGUGGGAUAAAGAGAACAGUGCAGAAAGAUCUCAGUCCAUUGAUAAAUCUAAGGUUGCAGACAUCUGUCCCUGGGAUGUAGGAAACACUGCGAAUAAACAGGAAACAUCUCAGUCCAUUGAUAAAUCUAAGGUCACAGAUAUCUGUCCCUGGGAUACAGGAAACACCAGGAAUAAACAGGAAACAUCUCAGUCCAUUGAUAAAUCUAAGGUCGCAGAUAUCUGUCCCUGGGAUACAGGAAACACCGGGAAUAAACAGGAAACAUCUCAGUCCAUUGAUAAAUCUAAGGUCGCAGAUAUCUGUCCCUGGGAUACAGGAAACACCGGGAAUAAACAGGAAACAUCUCAGUCCAUUGAUAAAUCUAAGGUCGCAGAUAUCUGUCCCUGGGAUACAGGAAACACCGGGAAUAAACUGGAAACAUCUCAGUCCAUUGAUAAAUCUAAGGUCGCAGAUAUCUGUCCCUGGGAUACAGGAAACACCGGGAAUAAACAGGAAACAUCUCAGUCCAUUGAUAAAUCUAAGGUCGCAGAUAUCUGUCCCUGGGAUACAGGAAACACCGGGAAUAAACAGGAAACAUCUCAGUCCAUUGAUAAAUCUAAGGUCGCAGAUAUCUGUCCCUGGGAUACAGGAAACACCGGGAAUAAACAGGAAACAUCUCAGUCCAUUGAUAAAUCUAAGGUCACAGAUAUCUAUCCCUGGGAUACAGGAAACACCGGGAAUAAACAGGAAACAUCUCAGUCCAUUGAUAAAUCUAAGGUCGCAGAUAUCUGUCCCUGGGAUACAGGAAACACCGGGGAUAAACAGGAAACAUCUCAGUCCAUUGAUAAAUCUAAGGUCGCAGAUAUCUGUCCCUGGGAUACAGGAAACACCGGGAAUAAACAGGAAACAUCUCAGUCCAUUGAUAAAUCUAAGGUCACAGAUAUCUGUCCCUGGGAUACAGGAAACACCGGGAAUAAACAGGAAACAUCUCAGUCCAUUGAUAAAUCUAAGGUCGCAGAUAUCUGUCCCUGGGAUACAGGAAACACCGGGAACAAACAGGAAACAUCUCAGUCCAUUGAUAAAUCUAAGGUCACAGAUAUCUGUCCCUGGGAUACAGGAAACACCGGGAAUAAACAGGAAACAUCUCAGUCCAUUGAUAAAUCUAAGGUCACAGAUAUCUGUCUCUGGGAUACAGGAAACACCGGGAAUAAACAGGAAACAUCUCAGUCCAUUGAUAAAUCUAAGGUCACAGAUAUCUGUCUCUGGGAUACAGGAAACACCGGGAACAAAGAGGAAACAUCUCAGAUCAUUGAUAAAUCUAAGGUCACAGAUAUCUGUCCCUGGGAUGUAGAGAAUGCAGUGGGCAGUGAACAAAAGUCAUUGCCUGGUGAUAAAUUUAAGGUCACAGUUAUCUACCCCUCAGAUGCAGAAAAUACUGAGAGGAAAGGGGAAUCAUUUCUGUCCUCUGAUAAAUCCAAAGUCUCAGGUAACUGUUUCAUUGAUUCUGAAGAUUCUGCGUGCAAUGAGGGAUUAUCGCUGCCCAUUGAUAGAUCUAAAGUUCCAGAUAUUUGUCUUUGGGAGACAGAUCCAAAAGCAACGGGAGAAAUUCAAAUGGGUACAAAACCUGAAAGCAAUUUUACUUCAGUUUCUCUUUCUGAAACUGAGGUGACAGCAGCAAACCAACAUGAAAAUAAAGAAGCUGAAAAACCAAAAGAUCAUGCAAAAGUUAACUAUUUAAAUGUGAGCCGUCCUAUGCAUUUAGUAUGAGUCGGUUGAGAUGCCAAAGCUAAAGAUGAAGUGACUGUGACAUUUUCAUGUAAAGCUUUUCAAGAUUUGGGAUAAAACAAAAUGCAUUGAUGCAGAUUUCUGAUGUAAAUAUCAAGUGUGCUAUGUAAUAAACAGCUUCUUCUUAAAAGAAGUGGCUAAAGAAA